CCAUUUUGCGGGGGGGAGCGGCGGGAGCGGGACCGGCACCGACACCGGGACCGCGACCGGGAUCAGGGAGCGACACCGGGAUCGGGGCCGGGAUCGGGAUCGGGGAGCGGCACCGGGGGCGGCGGCGGCGCCUGACGGGGGAGCGGCGGCUCCGCAGGCGCGGCCUGAGGCGCUGGGCCCAGCGCUCCCGCUCGCUCCGGGCGGCCUCAGCGUCCCCGGCGGCCUCAGCGUCCCCGUUGCCUCCGCGCCCACCCCCGGGCGGCCCGAAGCGCCGGGAAGAUGUCGCGGCCCGUCAGGAACAGGAAGGUGGUCGAUUACUCCCAGUUUCAGGAAUCAGAUGAUGCUGAUGACGAUUAUGGAAGAGAUUCAGGUCCCCCAUCCAAGAAAAUCCGUUCGUCUCCCCGAGAGGCUAAAAACAAGAGGAGAUCUGGGAAGAAUUCUCAGGAGGACAGUGAGGAUUCAGAAGACAAAGAUGUGAAGACUAAGAAAGAUGAUUCACACUCAGCAGAUGAAGAUUUUGGCAGUGAAGAUGAUGACGUAGGAGCGGACGAUGGCAAAGCUGACAGCGACUACGAGAGCUCUCAAAAAAGCAAAAAAGGAAAGAAGGCUAAACCAGACAAGAAUAAGAGAGCAGCCUCCAAAUCCAGGAAAAGGCCUGCAGAGGACAGCGAGGAUGAGAAGGAAGAUCACAAAAGUGUUCGUCAGCAGCGGCAGGCGGCGUCCAAAGCAGCCUCCAAACAGCGGGAGAUGCUCAUGGAUGAUGUGGGGAGUGAGGAGGAAGAGCAAGAGGAUGAUGAGGCACAGUUCCAGGAGACAGAUUCAGGAAGUGAUGAAGACUUCCUCAUGGAAGAUGAUGAUGACAGUGACUAUGGCAGUUCAAAAAAGAAAAAUAAGAAGGUCUCCAAGAAAUCCAAGCCAGAGAGGAAAGAAAAGAAAAUGCCCAAGCCCAGGCUAAAGGCUACAGUGACCCCCAGCCCAGUGAAAGGCAAAGGGAAGGCAGGUCGCCCCACAGCUUCCAAGGCAACAAAAGAAAAGACCCCAUCCCCCAAAGAAGAGGAUGAAGAGCCUGAAAGUCCCCCAGAAAAGAAAAAAUCAGCCAGCCCUCCACCAGAGAAGUCAGGGGAUGAGGGAUCUGAAGAUGAAGCACCCUCUGGUGAAGAUUAAAAUGGCAGUUGAGGAAAAUCUUUGUUUAAAAAAAAAAAGAGAAAAAAAAGAAAAAGGAAAAGAAAAACAUACUUAGGGGUAGAACACGGUUUUGGCUGUGGCUUGACUCAUGGGCUUUGAAUGCUGUCUUUACUUUCAGCUGUUUAAUACAGUGUAUCCUUUUUUAAUAAGAGGAAACCCUUCUACAGUAAUAUUUUGAAGUCAAUGUUCUCUGUUGGCCAUUCCGUUCUCCCUCCUCUGCCAAACCUGAAAAGCCAUUUGAGACAAAUUAACAGACCAUUCAAUAUUUUAUUUUUUUUCAAGGGAUACUGCAGUUGAGAAGCAAUAAGGUUUGAGACUGAUCUGUGGAAACCAUACUUACAAAUCCUUAAGUAGAAUAGAUUAUCCCAGUGCUGGUAAGAGUUGUUUAAAACUAUUAUUCUGUAUUUGGAAUAUAUGGAAAAAAUAAUGAACCUCUGCUUUAACAGACUUUGAGACGAGUUCAGUCUCAGCAAAAAUGUAGUUGAUCUAAUUCCAGUGGAGGAAGAUGAAACACAGGGAGGAAUCCUGUGUUUCUUGGAUUCAGGCACGUUUUUCAUGGAAAGCAGUCAAGAAACUCAGAGAUGGUCCAGUGUCUUUGAUUUAGAAAAGACCCUCCAGUCAGGAUGGGAGAUCUUUUGUCUCUGCUGGAUAGAAAACUGUUCUGUAGGCAAACUGCAGCCCAUUCCAGACAAAUUCAGAUACUCAACCUCCAGCCUUCCCACAUCCACUAACCCUUCUUUUAUUCCUUCUGUAGAUGGGCAGAACAGGGAAGAGAAAUUGCAAACCAUUUUAAAACCUGCUUUCCAUUUGGUAUCGUGGAAAAUGUGUUUAUUAGAGGUUUUUUUCCAAGGAAAAAAAAUCAACAGAUAAUGUAAAAUUAAAUUCUUCAGCUUUUGGGGCGAGGGAUGUCCUUUUGUGAGUGUGAAGCAAAGGAUUCCUGUAGUGCUCUGGUCAGUUUAGAUCCCAUGAGUCAGGCUUGAGUGUUUCUCUUCCCUCCCUCCAUCUGUCCUCAGCAAAGCUCCGGGGAUCCCUGGCAGAGGGGGCACAGCGGGCACUGGGCAGCUCCAGGGUGCCACUUCCCUGUCCCCACCCUGCUCCCUGUGGGAUCUGCUCCCACCCUCCUGCUGAUGGGCUGCUGGCCCAGCUCCCUGAGCUGGGAGUGCUGGGUGGGGAGGUGGAGCUGGAAGGAGCUGGAGUCAGGAUGUCCCUGUCAGAGCAGGACACUCGAGGUGUGCGUGGUGGCAUUUUAAUGUGUUUUUAUCCAAGCAGCCAUAUCCUUCCUUUUUUUUAUUAUUUUCUAAACUUCCAUUAAGCUCCACAAGCCUUGGUUUUCAAACCCUGAGACAGAGGUUGCUGCCGUGUUUGUUGGUGGAAACAUUGAAAACUGGACCUGCCAUUUCUAUUUUUAUUUCCCUAAGCCCUCUGUGCUUCUGUCCGUUGCUCACACUUCUCUUCCAGCUGACGAGCUUUGCAUCCUUUUUGGUUUUUUUGGGGUUUUUUUGUCACAGAACUACACAUUUUGGAACCAGCCUCCUGAAGGUAACAUAAGGCAGCUAAUCAGUUGGGAUUUCUGGUGCACGUGGCACCAGCUUGUGAAUCCUGUGUGGGAUUUUCGAGAGCUCUUAGAUGCGAUACACUAAAUAUGGGCAGGAAGGACACUGAAUCCCUAGGGAGCCUGAAGAUGCUGAGCACAGUGUGGAGCCUCAGGUGGGGAAUGGAAUAUUCCUCCAGCAGCUGAGCGAUUGUCUUGUGUGAUUCCCUAGCCCUGGAUUUUAUUGAGGCUGGUAAAUUCCUUUACCUUGGCUUAUAAAAAUUGAAGUUCUCUAACGUUCUUUACUCUCAUGGAACUACUGUUGCCGUUACAAUAAAGAUGAUGUUGUUUCAUUGUAAAUCUAUUUUUUUAAUUUUUAUUUUUUAAGGUGGUUCGAUUUUUUUUUUUUUUUUUUUUUGGUUUGUUUUUUUCAGAACAGCUUCAGGCUGCAGGGAAAUCUCAGUCUUGAAAAAGAAGUGAAUGUAAUCCCCUCUCCUCUCCCACACCCCUUCCCACCUGCUGGAUUUCUGGGAGAGCAGAGCCUCUUGCAUUCCCUCAGCUUCUUGGGUAAUACAGGGAAAAUAAAUGGCCACAUUUUAAAAAUAAAAACCAUUUUGGGGUAGCAAACACUUUUGCAAAUCUCUGGUUUCCAGAGCUGUUCUCCUGCAGUCCAGACUCUGUUUCAAGCUACUCUUGUCCAUUGGGUUCUUAGGGGUUUUUCUGGAAUUCAGGUGUUCAAGGAUAAUUCCAGGUGAUCUGGUUCUUCACCUGCCAGACCAGGUGUUUUCUGAAGACUGUUUUGUGAACCUCAGCUAAAAUACAUUUUUGGUUUGUUUAUAUUUUUUUCUAACACGGUUAAGAAAAGUUAAGGCUGUGAAAAAUCCUUUUUCUGUUCUCAGUUCAGCUUUUGGAUCAUUUCAUGCCUGGCAAGUUUGGCCCUUGAUUUUACAGAACUCUUCUGCUUUCUCACACGUUCAUUUCUCAUGAGUUGGAGGCUGCCUGAUGCUUCUUUCUGAGUGUAUCACAACCCAAACACUAUGAAAAUCCUGGAUUUGGGCAAUUUUGUAACUUUUUCCAAACCUGUUCUGCUGAUUUGUGCAAACACUAAGCCCUAACGGUGUCUUGGCUCCUCUGUUAGAAAUACAGCAGUUCACAUUUUUACAGACAGAAGAAAAUUGUCAAGGUGAAUAUUUUUAUUAUUUUGAGUUUUUUUUUUCCAGCAUACAACAUUUUUCAGCAACAGCAAACUUCACCUUUUUUAAUGCCCUUCGGAAUUAAUUUGUAUUGAACAUUCUGGAAGGAAAGCUGGGAAAAUGCCUUUCUUUAGGAGCAUGAAGAGAUUUUUGUGGAGCAGAAGGUUCCAUGCACAGGAGGAGGCUUUGCAAAGAUUUUCUCUCCCACAGCUGUAGUUCUGGAGCCUUUGCAGAGAGGUAAAAUUGAUUUAUUCCAAAGUUCAGUCUCGAGCCCUGCCCUGGUCUUGCUCUUAAAAUUUCAGCUCAGAUCUUCCAUCCUGUCCCUGAAUCCUCCCCACCACGUCCAGCUCUGUGGUUUAUGCCAACAGUCCUGCCUUGAACCUGUCAAAGUCAGCAAUUCCAGCUGGAGUUUCGUGCUAAAGAUGGGUUUGGUUUGGUUCCAGCGGGGUCAGCAGGAGGAUGAAUGCCAACUGUGCCGAGCUCAGGGGGUCAGGAGGGGCUCUGGGGAGAGCAGGGCUGAAAAAUGGAGCAGCUGAGGAGCUUUUAAUCACUUUUAACUUCCUCCAGGCAGAAGAGAGUGAGGGGAGAGAAGCAGCACCCACCAGUGCCAGGUGCCAGCUCUGAGCCCGCUCAGCUCCUGUGCCAGCACAGCUGAGGCACCGCCAGGGCAGCGCCAGAAAUCUGGAAUUCGUGGGGUUUUUUCCUUUUUUUUCCCUUUUUUUUUUUUAAAAUUCCCUCCGCUGGUGACUGUCACAAAGGUACAACAGCCCCUGAGGCACCCAGGUGAGAGAGGGAGGGAAGGAAACUGUAACAUGCUGGAAGCUUUUGGAGCUGUAGAAAACUGGUGCUUUGCUUUCUGUCAUUUGUUCGUGAAGUGUUUAUUUUUAUAACAGAUCCUAUCGUUGAACACACGGUUCCUAAAAGCUGUGGACUGAUCCAUGAGCUUAAUAUUUGAUGGAGAAUUCAUUCAUCUGUGGGAGGGGGGAGGAAAUGGAGCAGGUGGAUGUUUUACAGGGACGCUGUCACAGAAUAGUUGCUGGCGUUUAGGAUGUGUGAGUUUGGGGGGGUUGCUGUCACAUCCCUGCGUGGAAAUUAAAUAUUCUGUGUGUGUGUAUGAUCAAAUAGAGCAUUUCCCCUCAGCUUUGAGUAUUUCCCUGCAGUUUUGGGAGGCUUAAAUACGAGUCCUGAUGGGAUAGAAGCAACACUAACACUCUGUUCUGGCUGUCAGGAGGAUUUGGGGCUUUUCGGAGCCCGUCAGAGCAGGGAGAGCCGACAGUGUCCUUUGGAGACCUCCCCAAGCCAAGCCUAGCUCUAAAUCAAAUUCUAGACUUCCCACUUCAGUAGUUGAAUGUCUUUUCAUGGAACUCUUUCUAUCAAACCAUAAAUAUUUCAGAAGUCCAGCCCAGCCCUGCCAGGUGCUGGCUCUGUGUCACCUCUGUCGGCCCCGAUUCUGCCCCGCAGCCGGCCCAGCAUGCUCAGUGUGACUGCAAACCACCAGUGUGCAAAUGCUUUGUAUAGUGGGGCGAGGGUUUUUUAUAUAUAUAUUUUGGGAGGGGGGGGAGCGGGGUGGGUGGAGAUCCUCGAAUCAGCUUAAGCCAGACUUAAAUGUGUGUAAAAGCCCCCGAAAUCUUCGGUGUGUGAGUGCGCGGGUGCGAGUGGGAGUGUCUGACAUCCCAUUCCCUUUGUGUUCUCAGCAUUUGUGAGGUUUUAUUUUCUUUUUUCUUUUUUUUUUUUUCCUUUUUUCCCCCUCCCCUUCCUUCCUGCAGAAGCAAUUGUUACAAAAUGAAAAAAAUAAUUGUAAAUAAGAGCUACGUAAUUCUUUUUUUGUUGUUGUUUGCCAUCGUGUCACAGCAAACCCUGAGUGAGCAGUGUGAAGGUGGAGGAGGAGACUCCAGGUAGGGCCUUGGGCCUUGGGCAAGGCAUCAUUUUCUGGUAUGCAAUGAAUAUUUUGUCUUGAGUGUUUGCAAUCCCCUGGUGAGCUUUUCUGAAAAAUCAGGCUCUUUGCAGUUCCCCGUGCUUUUUAAUUUUUAUUAUGAUUUUUCUUCUUUCAUUUCAAAAGCAGAAAAAAGGGGCAGCUGCAAACAGUCACCACUGUGGGGUUGGGAACUCUGGACAACGCUGAGAUCUAGCAUGGUACUAGGAGUUAAGUCUGAAUGUAACAUUAAUGCUUUAUUUAAAAUUAAAAACAAACAAACACUUUUUUUUUUUUUUUUAAGGGGUUGAAGUGAACAUGACUGUUGACCAUGUUCGUGAAUUUCUAGAUGCAAACAUUCAUUGGUAGAAUCGUGUGAUGGUCUUUUGUGCUACUUAAUUAAUUUUACAUAUUCCGAGUCUCUGUAUGUACCUGCAAAGAAAGAAAAACAAAAAAAAUAACAAAAACCCUGCUUUGCUUUUCUUGAAAAAGGGUUCCCAGGACUGCAUACCUGCUCCUGAGCUCUGUUUUAAGUAUGUGUAUCCUUCGCUUGUAUUUUGUAUUAAAAAAAAGAACCACGAGGAAAAAAUGAACCCUUUAUUGUUCAGCAUGUUGGAAUUGUGUCCCCUCUUUUAUUUUUCUCCUUUUUGGAAUAUAUUAAGCAACUCAUUCUUCUGUAUCUUUUAUUUUCUUUUGUAAACUUUUUGGUUUUGUUUAAAAAUGGCUUUAUAAAAGGGCUUUUAUAACCCAUGA